UGUAACUGUGGGUUUCCUGCUGGAUCACUCAGUCCUGGGGAAGGGGAGCUGGAGCAGGAGUUGGGUGGGAAAGUUCUAAGUCCCAGCUGAUCCGGACCCGGGGAAUGACGGCGCUGGGAGUUCCGGGUGGGCGCGGUAAGGAACAGCUGAACUCUGGAACCAGAGCAGAGCCCGGUACGGAGUCAGGGGGGAACACACAGUCAAAACUACAGCGCCGCCAGGACUGGAUACCAGCGCACUCCGGUUGUGAAGAAUAGAGAGCCAGGAGAUGGAGGGACUUUGGGAAUUCCUGUUGAAGCUGCUGUCAAUAUGGCUGAUUAUUGGGAUCACACUCAUUAUGCUGCCCGCCAUGUUUGGGGUUUCAUUGGGAAUAACCGAACUUUACAUGAAAAUUCUGGUCAAGACUCUUGAGUGGGCGACUCGGAAAAUACAAAAAAGAGCACAGGAGCAGCCUGGCCGCCAUUAUUCUCCUUCCAAUGAAAUCAUCGAGAAGCGUGAUAAAGUGUCACUGGAAGAAGAGAUGACAGAAUUGAGACGCUUUUCGAAUCGAAAUAGGCCUCUUCAUGAAGGUGACUUUGACAUGUCUGAUGUGAUCUACUUCUCAAAAAAAGGACUUGAAGCUAUUGUUGAGGAUGAAGUGACCACUCGAUUCAGCUCUGAGGAGUUGGUCCUGUGGAAUCUGUUAACAAGGACUAACCGAAACUUUCAGCAUAUAAGUGUUCGUCUGACUAUACUAUGGGGUUUGGGAGUUGGGUUUCGAUAUGGAGUCCUCCUGCCCCUACGGAUUACUUUGGGUCUGAUUGGCAUUAGCUGGCUGGUGAUUGGGACCACCUUUGUAGGACAACUGCCAAACAGCAGUGUGAAGAUGUGGCUUAGUGAACUUGUACACUUGAUGUGCUAUAGGAUAUGUGCAAGAGGAUUGUCUGCAACGAUCCAUUACCACCACAAGGAAAACAAACCCAAGAGAGGAGGCAUUUGUGUAGCCAACCACACGUCACCAAUUGAUGUCGUCAUAUUAGCCAAUGAUGGAGGCUACGCAAUGGUUGGACAAGUCCACGGUGGGCUGAUGGGAAUCAUUCAGAGGUCAAUGGUGAAGGCUUGCCCACAUGUCUGGUUUGAACGAUCUGAAAUGAAAGAUCGCCAUCUCGUUUUAAAAAGACUAAGUGAUCACAUUGCAGACAAGACAAAAUUGCCAAUUUUAAUAUUUCCUGAAGGUACCUGCAUAAACAAUACGUCUGUGAUGAUGUUUAAAAAAGGAAGUUUUGAAAUAGGAGGAACAAUAUAUCCUGUUGCAAUCAAGUACGAUCCUCAGUUUGGUGAUGCAUUUUGGAAUAGCAGCAAAUAUGGAAUGGUGUCCUACCUGCUCCAGAUGAUGACCAGCUGGGCCAUAGUCUGCAACGUUUGGUACCUGCCUCCAAUGACCAGACAGGAAGAUGAAGAUGCUGUGCAGUUUGCCAACAGAGUCAAAGCGGCUAUAGCUCAGCAGGGAGGCUUGGUGGAUCUCGCCUGGGACGGAGCUCUGAAGAGAGCCAAAGUCAAAGACAGUAUGAAAGAACAGCAGCAGAAAUUCUACAGCAACAUGAUCAUUGGGAAUGAAAGCAGCUGAAGAAAAAUGAAAUGUUAGUCCCUCCGUCCUUAUGGUCAUUGUUUACGUCUUUAUGCCACUUGGGUUUUCAAUGAAUGCCUUUUUAUUUUUGUAAACUGAGCAAAUUUAUACAUUGAGUCCCAAAUAGAACAAUAUACACAAAUGGUAAAGAUUCAAAAUUGUUUGUUUUGUUUAGUUUAGCGACAAAUCUGAUUCGUUAGUAGAUGAUUAGUGGAUUUGUUUUAGUUGGUCUGUGUCCUUGCAAGCAAUGCUCCUGUUUAAUAUAUGUGAUGGGAUGACAGGCCUAAGACAAAAUCCUCAUCUUUAAUGGAUUUCUGAAACUGUGAGAUGCUAACCAGCUUUGUCUCGGCUUCCAACACUUUUCUGUGCAGCUUGGAAAACACUGAGUAGUCUUGAGGGUGCCCUGAUCCCAGAGAGGAAUUGAUGUGUUGUGUUACGUGUGUUGGAAAUGCUGCAAAGACUGCACUCUUGAUCAGCAGACUGACCGUUAAUACUAUUUGAUAAGGAAAGCAUGACAGGGAAAAAACGUGGUUUUUGAAUUUUAUCUGUGUUUACUUGGCUUCCGGUGGCUAUUCUUUCCGUAUCUGAGCUCUUGCCCUUUAGGGUGUAGCAGACAAUCUAAAAUCAAGCCACCUUGUUUCUCCUGCAUGCAGCUCUGAAAUAAUAUCAUCCGAAGAAAUGCCAGUUUCCACAUACAGGCAACUGACUUCCAGCUUCUACCUCACCAGCUACUCUCUCAAAACACUCUUCACACACUCUGAUUUCUCACUGCUUGUGUGACAUCCAGUGCUGAAUGAGCAGAACUUUGCUCCAACUAAUUAUUGGUUCUGUCCCCUCACCACCGACUCUGUUGCUGUCACAGAUUAGUGACAUGAAUUAGGAGUGGGAAUAGGCCUGAACUUCUCUGCAUAUCGCCGCCAUAUCACCAAGGCAACCAACUUCCACCUCAGUGUCUCUGCCAAUAGCUCAACUUUGCUGCUGUUGAAACUUUAAGCUGUGUCUUUCCUACCACCUAGACUUUUAAAAAAUGUAUUCAUGGGAUGUUGGCAUUGUUGGCUGAACCAGCAUUGUUCCAGUGCUGUUAUGACUGAUGUCUCACUGUUCACCUUGCAUGGACCUGAACUAAUGCAACAGUGCUGCCUAUCACCCACCCUAAUAUCUCCCUAUGUAGCUUGUGUUAAAUAUGAGUAAUACUUCUGUGAAGCACUUUGAGACAUCUCAGCACAUUAAUGGCACAAUAUCAAAGCAGGAUGUUAGCUGUUGAAUGUUUUCUGCUCAUUCCACGUAGUUUAAUUUUGGUUUUUGGGAGGGGGUUUGGUCCUGGAAAGCUAAGUGGAUUCUGAAAUCUGUAGAUCUUCUAAUAAAUCAGUUGGUGCCUAAUUUUACUGCCAAGAUGGUGUACAGAACCACAGCAGUGGACUAGAAUUUGGUGAUGUUUGAAAUGAACAUUUCUGGAACUAUAAUAGCUGCAGGUCAUUCUUCAUCUUUACUUUGAGUGGGGAUGGAGUUUGUUCUGUUAUGUGUAGGGCUACUGUGGCUACCAUACGUAACUGCAGCUUCUUUGUACAAAAGAAACUUAUCCUGCAGCUAUUUUCUCAGUUCAUAACCACAUUCCAUAACACCGAGAGAAAAGUAGAUUCUCCUAGUUUAGUACAAAUUCUAAUGUAAGUAUACGUAAAAUGCCAAGUAUGAUGUUAACAUACAAAUAUUUCAUGAUGAAAGUUGAAUUGACAUAAUAAAAUCAUAUAAAUAUU